CCGUAGCAGGAGCGGGGACGGGUAGUAUGGCUGCCGCUGGAGGCGGUGAGGAGGAGGAGGAGGAGGUGGCAGCGGGCGGAGAAGAGAACAUCCUCUACGACCUCCUCAUCAACACCGAGUGGCCGCCGGAAGCCGAGGUGCAGCCAAGAGGCAACAAAAAACACGGUGCUUCGUUUAUCAUUACUAGAGCAAUUACAGGUCCAGUAUCAUUUUUGCUGCGGUCCAUCUGGUACAGUCCUGCGAAGUCUUCUCUUCCUACUGGACUUGUUCGUCUGGUUAGUAAGCAAAUCAGCUGGCAUCUAGUACUUGCAAGCAAUGGCAAACUGCUGGCAGUUGUUCAAGACCAGUGUGUAGAAAUCAGGUCAGCAAAAGAUGACUUUGGAUCCAUUAUUGGAAAAUGUCAAGUGCCAAAAGAUCCUAACCCACAGUGGAGGCGAGUGGCAUGGAGUCAUGACUGCACAUUGCUAGCCUAUGCUGAAAGCACUGGAACUGUGAGAGUGUUUGACCUAAUGGGAAGUGAGCUUCUGGUCAUUCCACUGGCAACCAGUUUUCCUGGAGAUCUGAGCUAUGCUAUUGCUGGAUUGAUCUUUCUAGAAUACAAAACUAGUGCACAAUGGUCAGCUGAAUUGCUUGUUGUCGACUAUCGUGGUGAACUGAAAAGUUAUCUUGUAAGUGUUGGGACAAACCAAUGUUACCAAGAGAGCCAUAAUUUCCGCUUUAGCAACCACUAUGCCCAUAGAAUAACAACAGUGGUUUAUCAUCCUGGGCACAGGCUGUUGCUUGUAGGUGGCUGUGAAACUGAUGAAGAUGGAGUGUCUAAAGCCACAAGCUGUGGGAUAUCUGCUUGGAGAGUUCUUUCAGGUUCUCCAUACUAUAAACAGGUCACUAGUUAUGAAGAUGACAUUCGGAUUGCACAGAGAAGAGGAUUAUUAAAGAUUAGGAAUUUCAGAUUUUAUAGCAGACAGGGAACAGAAAAGGAUGGCGUUUUCAAGAUGAGCCUUUCCCCUGAUGGAACUCUUCUAGCAGCUAUUCACUUUUCUGGAAAAUUGACCAUCUGGACUCUUCCAUCCCUGAAACUGCAAGGAGAAUGGGAUCAAAGUUACCAGCCAGGUUAUGAUGAGAUCAACCCUGCAUGGAGUCUUUCUGUUGAGAAAAGGAAAAAAAUUAAAGAUAAAGAAUCCUAUUAUCCACUGAUAGAUGUAAACUGGUGGGCAGAAAAUGCUGUGAUACUGGCUCGUUGCUCUGGUGCUUUGACAGUGUCAUCUGUGAAAACAUUAAAAAACCUAUUGGGGAAAUCAUGUGAAUGGUUUGAAAGUUCUCCGCAGGUCACUUCUACUCAUGAUGGAGGAUUUCUAAGCUUGGAGUGUGAGAUAAAACUGGUUUCAAAGAGGUUACGUUUGGAAAGCAGGCCUGGGGAUGAAGAUGAGGGUGAAGAUGACUCUGACCCGGAUGAUGGAAUUUCUGCUAAGGCCAGGUACUUUGGUUACCUGAAACAAGGCCUGUACUUUGUGACAGAAAUGGAACGUUUCGCUCCUCCGCGGAAACGUCCACGAACUAUUACAAAGAAUUACCGCCUUGUAAGUUUGAGAUCUACAACUCCAGAGGAGCUCUAUCAGAGAAAGAUUGAUAAUGAAGAAUACGGAGAAGCUUUAUCUUUGGCUCAAACAUAUGGCCUUGAUUCUGAUCUUGUAUAUCAAAGACAGUGGAGGAAAUCAACUGUAAAUAUUGCUUCUAUUCAAGACUACCUGAGUAAAAUAAAGAAGCGGUCUUGGGUUCUCCAUGAAUGUCUGGAAAGAGUUCCUGAGAAUGUGGAUGCUGCAAAAGAAUUGCUUCAGUAUGGUUUAAAAGGCACAGACUUGGAGGCCCUUAUAGCUAUAGGGAAAGGAGAAGACAGUGGCAGAUUUAUCUUACCGGGGGAGGUGGACAUUGAUGAAGUCCCCUAUGAAGAUUUUAUGUCACCUGAUGAAGAAGCAGACAGUAGAAUGGAAAAGGAGUCCAGGAAGCGGCAAGAACUGCUUCUAUCAGUAAACUUCUCAAAGCUAACGUUGGAACAAAAAGAGCUUUGUCGCAGCAGACUGAAAUUAUUAAUGUAUUUAGAUCGACUUGCAACAUAUGAGGAAAUUCUGCGAGGACCUCAUGCAGCUGAGCAGAGAUAUGAUGCUGAAUUCUUUAAGAAGUUCCGCAACCAGAAUAUUGUGCUCUCUGCAAGAACUUAUGCUCGGGAAAGCAAUGUGAGAGCCCUGGAGAUUUUGUUCACAUACCACGGAUCAGAUUUGCUUCAACAUCGGCUGGCAAUUCUCUCUAAUUUUCCAGAGACGACCUCACCACAUGUGUAUUCCAUUUUGCUGCCUGAAGCUUGUUAUAGACAGGAGGCAUUGAUGAUUGUUCCUUGGAAUGAACGGAAGCAUCGGGAAGAGGACUGGUGUGAAAAACCGCAGUGCAAGUUGAUUGUUGAACCGGCUCUUCAAGAUGAAGGUGAAUUCUUGUAUGAAGCCCAACCUAAGUUACUAAAGUACAGGACUACUGAGCUCCCAAUACACCUGGCUACUGACUGGUAUUUGAACAGGGCACAGGAGAUUGAUAAUUAUGCUAUGCAGGUGGACUGUGCUUUGUCUCUUGUUCGUCUUGGCAUGGAGAGGAACAUCCCUGGUUUACAGAUGCUUUGUGAUAACCUUGUUACGCUGGAGACCGUGGUUUAUGAAACUGGAAGUGAUCAAACCCUAACCUUGAAAGAACUGCUGAAUCUGAAGGAUAUUGAGAAGCUAAGACUGUUAAUGGAUAAUUCUUCUGAUGAAAAAUAUGUGAAGAAUGCCUAUCAAUGGAUGGUCCCAUUUCUACAUCGUUGUGAGAACCAAUCCCCUGGGCUUGCAAAUUCACUUUUUAGAGAAUAUUUAGUUACCUUGGCUAAAGAAGACCUGAAAUUACCUCUGAAGAUAUUUCAAAACUCCAAGCCAUCUUGUCAGCCCAAGAUAAUUCCCGAUCAAGACCAGCUGAUGAUUAUAGCGUUGGAGUGUAUCUAUAGUUGUGAACGAGAUGACCAACUCUCUCUCUGUUAUGAUAUUUUGGAAUGCCUUCCGCAAAGAGGAUAUGGUUCUGAGACGGACAUAACUAAAACUCUUCAUGACAAAGUAGAUGAACUGGAGCAAAUUCUCAGUGUAUCAGAACUUCUGGAGAAGCAUGGACUUCAAAAACCCGUAUCGUUUGUAAGAGAUACUCGAAACAACUCGGAGGAAGUACGCAAGCUGAUGAUUAGGUUGACUAGGCAUACAGGUCGUAAGCAACCGCCUGUCACUGAGAUGCAUUGGAAAGGAUUAUUGCAGGAUAUGUUGGAUAUGCAGCAGAAGGUCUACACUUGUUUACAGCCAGACACUUGUUAUGAGAUAUUUACAGAAAGCCUUCUAUGCUCAAGCCGCCUAGAAAAUAUCCGUUUAGCUGGGCAAAUGAUGCAUUGCAGUGUUUCUUCAGUGGAUCAACCAUUUACCUCAAAAGGGAAACCACAAUAUAAAGUGAGCUAUGAGAAAAGCAUUGAAUUGGUUUUGGCUGCUGGCAGAGAAUACUUCAAUUCUUCAACCAGUCUGACUGAUAGUUGCAUGGAUUUGGCCAGGUGCUGUUUACAGCUUAUUGAAGAUUGUCCUAGUGCUAUUCAGGAGGAGCUGGAUCUGAUUCGUGCUUUUAGCUAUCUUGAGGAGUUUGGUGUGACCAUUUUGCCUUUGCAAGUGCGUUUAUGUUCUGAUCGACUUACUAUCAUCAAGGACUGUAUUGCUCAGUUGCCAACAAACUACAAACAGUCUGCCAAGCUCCUGGGACUUGCAAAUCUGCUAAGGGUUGCAGGAGAUGACCAGAUGGAAAGAAAAGGCCAAGUUUUGAUCCUUUUAGUGGAACAAGCUCUCCAUUUUCAGGACUACAAAUCAGCUAGUAUGCAUUGUCAAGAGCUUAUGGCCACAGGUUACUCUAAAAGUUGGGAGGUGUGCAGCCAGUUGGGACAAUCGGAAAGUUAUGCUGACUUAAGUACUAGACAGGAACUUAUGGCUUUUGCUCUGACACAUUGUCCUCCAAAUGCCAUAGAGUCACUUCUGGCAGCAAGCAGUUCUCUGCAGACCCAGAUUCUCUAUCAAGCAGUGAAUUACCAGAUACUUCCCUCAGAAGGAGGAGAGAAUAUACGUGUCUCAGGAGCUCCAUCACUGAUCAGCAAAGAAACUCCUCAGGAUGAAAGCAGCUUUUCCUCUAACCAGUCUGCUGACUUGUUGUAUUGGACAACAACUAAAACCAUGAAGGUUCUGUCUAAUACGACUACGACUACAAAAGCCAUGCUGCAUGCUGUUAGCAAUGGACAGUGGUGGAAGAAAUCAUUAACUUACCUGCGGCCAUUGCAUGGUCAAGAAUUUGGAGAUGUAAUGAAAAGCGGGGCUGGAGCAAAUGCCACAGUGGAAAAGCAGGGCUGCCAUCCUUUUUAUGAGUCUCUAAUUCUUGAUCCAUACAUUGCAGAUUCUGAAGCAACUUAUGCCGCAUACGAGCACAGCUCUUUGGAAAGCUUUGCAGAAGUGCUGCUGAGAACAGGAAAAUUAGCAGAAACAAGAAGUGAGGGAAAAGACUUCUUUCCAACUACAGAAGUUCUCCUACAACUGGCUAAUGAUGCCUUACCAAAUGAUAUGACCUUGUCUCUUGCAUAUCUGCUUGCAUUACCACAGGUGGUAGAUGCCAACAAGUGCUUUGAAAAGCAGUCACAUUCUGCUUUAUCGCUCCAGCUGGCAAGUUAUUACUAUAGCCUGCAGAUUUAUGCUUGUUUGGCACCGUGUUUCAAGGACAAAUGCCACCCCCUCUAUAGGGUUGAUCCAAAAGAGCUAAUUAAAAUUGUCACAAAGCAUGUUACUCAGCGUGACUGUGCAGACUGGCCUGAAGAAAUAGCAGCUUUGAUCAACCAGUUGCACUAUUACAAUGAACGGCUGCUAGACUUCACCCAGGCUCAAAUUCUUCAAGGCCUUGGCAAAGGAGUGGAUGUUCAGAGAUUUACAGCAGAUGGACAGUACAAGAAAGAAACUAUACUAGGCUUAGCAGAAACCCUAGAAGAAAAUGUAUACCAGAUCGCUCUUUCUUUGGCUCAGCGUUACAGCGUUCCACUUUGGGAAGUUUAUAUGACCCAUCUGGAGUUUCUGUUCACUGACAGUGGCCUGUCUACAACAGAAAUAGAAGAGAGAGCACAAGGUCUUAAUCUCUUUGAGACUUUGAAAACAAGUCCUGAAGCCUUAUGUGAACAUAUGGCCAAAUAUGUUUACCCAAGUGUUGAAGGCAUAGAUCACCAGCGGUUGCUCUAUUACUUUACUCUGCUUGAAAACUGUGGUUGUUCUGAAUUUGUAAAGCAUGCUAUUAAACCUGAAACACACAUACGACUUCUGAAAAAAUUCAAGGUAGUUGCAACAGGUCUUGAUUACAAAAAGCUAACAGAUGAAAAUUCAGAUCCUUUGGGAGCAUUGGAGCCCAUCCUUACAAGUCAAAACAUCUUAUCCAUUUCUAAACUUGCUCCCAAAAUUCCCCAAAAAGAUGGUAGCAUGCUCUCGCCAAGCUCUGUGUAUGCCACCUGGUUACAAAAUCUCUUCUGGAAUGGUGAUUGCCACCUCAUUAAAAAAACACCAGAAACAGUACCUGAUUGGUUGCAUGCAUAUGACAUAUGUUCAAAGUACUUUGACAGACUCAACUCAGCAGACAUGGUUGCUUUAAUUGAUGAAAUUACUUUUUCUUCAAAGGCUGUCACCAAGCUGUCAGUGGAUGCCCGGGUAGACAUGACUAAGAAAGCUAUUAAAGCAGUCAAACAGAUUGCUGAGAAGCUUAGAAAAAAGAAUUUUGAAGAGGCUGCGGAAGGCGCUCAAAAUAUCCUCCUUCCUUAUGAGGAUGCUCUGAAUCAUCUGCAGCAGUCUCUGGCUCAUCUGGAAACACUCAGUCAUAGUUUUAUCACUGGCCUGAAAAACAGUGAGCAGGAUCUACUACAGAAGUAUGGCCAAUUAUAUGAUUUAUCCAGGUCGGAGAAAGAAAAAAUCCAUGACCAGGCAGUAACUAUGUGUUUAGAUGGUCAGCCUUUGGAAAUGAUACAAAAAUUGUUAGAAGUAGCUGUUGGAGAUCUGGGACUCUCCACCAAGGACAUAGUGCAGUGUGCUGUAAAAGAAAUUAUAUGUGCGUUAAGUGAGGAUAAUGUUGCUUUGACUUCACUGAAAGAUCCACUUCAAGUCCUAGAAGGCGUUGUUUCGGCAGUCCAUGCAAAUGUGGAAGAUGGGGAGAAACUAGUUUCUUCAGAUGACCUUUUGGAGUGGUUGAGGCCUUUCUGUGGUGAUGACACCUUGCCAGUGAAGCCUCGGAUAAAGGUGCUGCAGAUCAUGGAACAAGCUUUUCAUCUCAGUGAUGAAGAUAGCAAGCUGCUUGUGUUCUUCAGAACUCAAGCUGUUCUCAAAGCCUGUUGGCCUGAAACAAAGGUAGAGAUAAUUGACAUUGAAAACGAAGAAAAGAGGUACAAUCUUUUCCUGGAGCUCCUGGAAUCGAGUCAUAGUCAAUCUCAGUUUCAGCAUUUGGUUUUACUCCUUCAAGCUUGGCCAUCUAUGAACAACACAAAUAGGGCAUGCCCAGCUAAUAAUCCAUGGGUGAAACUAGGUACAGUAAUGCUGUUGAAGUGUCCAACUGAGCAGAAGGAAAUUAUGGGGGAUGAAAUUUUGAAGAUCUGCCGUUCUUUGUACGAGACAAAACACAGGCUUCCAGUAGAGUGUAUAAAGGAAUUAAGUUUGCUGCUGCUUAACCAGUCCCUCCUGCUGCCAUCCCUAAAAUUACUGGUAGAAAGCAGAGAUCAAGAUCUUCAUGCUGUGGCAUUGGAGCAGAUAACAGCUGUUGCUAAGGUUGAUGAUUCCAAUUGUGACUCUGAAAUUCUUUCCUUGCUCUUGAACGAAAAGUUAGUGGUAAAGUGCAUCUCCACUGUCUUCUACCCUCACCUUAUCAACCAUUUAUUGGCCAAACAGGAAGAAGGAAGUUGGAAUGUGGAGGAAAUAGCAAAACAAUUACAGGAAGAAGGCUUCAGUGCAGAGGCAGGGUCUCUUUUGAUGUCUUACAAAGAGACACAUCCUGCACUCAGGACCUUUACUACUGCCCUCCAUGCCAUUCAUCAUUGGAUUUGAGUGGCAAAACAGCUGCCUAAAGAAGUUUUUCCAGGGGUCUGCUUCUCGGAUGGAAAUUUUCCAUAUAAGAGGCAAAUUGUUGUUCUAAUGAAGUGACAUAUUUUGGUGUUAAUCGUCAGUACCUAUAACUCAUAAAAAUGCUAGAAGUGCAUAUACAGUGGGUUCACUUGAUAUAUUUUCAGUUGUUUUGGAAUUGAUCAGUCCAAAUUUCUUUCCCAUUAUUCAUGUAUCUUUCUCAUUAUACUUAUAGGAAAUCAUUCAAGCUAAUAAAAUUUCUAAUUGGCAAAAACUUUUAAGUGUAACGACUGUAACUUGUAAAUGAGCUAUCUGGAAAACUACUUAUAAUGCUGUAGGAUUAUAAGUUUUUGCCACACAGUUUGUGUAAGUAAUUUAUACCCUUGUCAAAAUGUAAAGCUAUAAAUAUAAAUAAAGAUCCCUAAAACAAACAAACCAUAAAAAGAAAUAAUUUAUGAGAUAUUUUGGAGUCUUAAGAUCAGGUAUUGCUCUGUAUUGGUUUGCACUGGUUUCACCAGAUAUUUUUUAAUAUGUUCCUUUUUUUCUUCUUUUGAUUCAGCUAAGUAUUAUCUUUCUUGGGACCACUUCUUUCUUAAUUCCUAUUUUCUUCAGGUAAUAUAAUUUUAUGGAGAGAAGGGAAGGACAAUUUGAGGACUUGUCAUGUUCUAGUAUUGUCUGGUCAUUGAAGCCUAUUCUCCACAGUUUGAAAAGAUCUGGCUCAAAUCAUCAUUUAUGUGUGCAAUUGGGCAUAUGUUAUUCCUAAAGCAUUAAAAGAACAUCUUUCUUUCCAAA